AUGCAUACCAUCCUGCGUUUGCCGCAACGCGCCAAACCACGUUUUUUUUUGCAGCAAAGCUUCCCAAAGCACAAUAAAAGGAGCGCCUUCCGCAACCCUAGAUUUCUCCUUCCAACAGCUUCAACUUCUUCCAUUCGCUACUCAAUGAAGUUCUCCACUGUUGUUGCCACCUCUGUGGUCGCCGCCACUGCUAUUGCUCAAGAUGUUGCUUGCCGUGUCAACGGUGUUCAACAAUCCGUCGUUGACUUGGACACUGGUGUUUGUCCAUUCACAAUCCCAAGCUCUCUCCCAGUCAACUUCCGUUAUGCUUCUGACGAGGACUACCUUGUUGACGCUUACUACACUGAGGUCCAAUCUGGAAAGAUCUUCAACGACAUUGCAGGUGCUGGCAGAGUCAUUGAGAUUCCAGCCAAGGACUUGUACAACGCUGCUGCUGCUGCUCUUUUCCACGUCCACCUUGAAGAGUCUCCAGCUUCCAACUCUACUGCUGCUUUGAGAAAGAGAUUCCAAAUCGAGACUGAGAAGAGAGACGAGGCCGACAUCGUUGCCAAGGUCGAGGCUGCUACUGGUACCGCCGUUCCAAGCUCUGAAUUGACUUUCGACGUCACCGACCCAGACACCUCCUCUUCUUCUGCUCCUGGCUCUGGUUCUACUACUGAAUCUGAAUCCGCCUCUGGCUCUGCUACUGCCUCUGGCUCUGACGUCACCUCCACCGUUACCGGCGUCUCUUCUACCAUUGUCACCAUCACCUCUUGCUCUGACCACAAGUGUACUGAGACCACUGCUCCAGCCACUUGGGGCGUCACCACCGAGACUAAGGCUGACACCACCAUCAUCUACUCUACCUGGUGCCCAGUUGUGACCAAGACUGAGCUCUCUACCACUCUUGUCACCAUCACUUCUUGUUCUGACAACAAGUGCCACGAGACCACUGCUCCAGCCACUGGGGUGAGACCACUGAGACCAAGAAGGGUGGUGAGACCACUGUCUACUCUACUUUGGUGCCCAGUCACCACCACUGAGGUUGCCUCUACCACUGUUGUUACUAUCACUUCUUGUGCUGACAACAAGUGCCACGAGACCACUGCUCCAGCCACCUGGGGUGAGACUACUGAGACCAAGGGUGGUGAGACCACUGUCUACUCCACUUGGUGCCCAGUUCCUUCUACUGCUACUGAGACUGUUUCUACCACCGUUGUCACCGUGACUUCUUGCUCUGACAACAAGUGCCACGAGACCACUGCUCCAGCCACCUGGGGUGAGACUACUGAGACCAAGGGUGGUGAGACCACUGUCUACUCUACUUGGUGCCCAGUCACCUCUACUGAGGUUACCACUGGUCCAUCUAACCCAGAGACCACUGCUCCAGUUGUCACCCUUUCCACUGUCACCAGCGCUGGUACCUCUUCUGCUCCAGCUGUCACCACUGCUUUCGGUGGUGCUGCCAAGGUCGGUGGUUCUUUGUUGGCUUUGGUUGCUAUUCCAGCUGCUUACCUUUUGUAA